AUGAAUUCUUAUAAAUUCAAGGUUACCCAAGUCAACGGCCAGCGGAAAUAUGGAGGACCGCCGGAUGACUGGCAGGGCCCAGCCCCAGGAGCAGGCUGUGAGGUGUACAUCACAAAGAUACCACGGGACACCUACGAGGAUCAGCUGAUUCCCCUGUUUAACACCACGGGGCCUCUCUGGGAGUUCCGCCUCAUGAUGAACUUCAGUGGACAGAACCGCGGCUUUGCCUACGCUAAAUAUGGCUCACCUGCUCAUGCUGCAGAAGCCAUCCGUUUGAUGGACGGCUGUCCACUGAAACGUGGGGUGCACCUUAAAGUGUGCCUCAGCACAGAGAAGCGUCAGCUCUGCCUUGAGGGGUUGAAGAUCAGCUUCAGGCAAGAGGAGCUAAUGCAGGUAUUGCGUGUUCUGACAGAGGGGGUAAAAGAUGUCUUCCUGAAGACGGAGUCAGCACUGGUUUUGUAUUCAUCCCACCAUGCUGCAUCCAUGGCCAAAAAGGUGUUGGUGGAGGCCUUUAAGAAGAAUUGGUCCUUGACUAUCUCAGUUAAGUGGCAUUUCUCAACAAAGUCCUGGAAGGGGAAUCCGAAAGCUUCCCAGACGUGUCCUGAAUACGUUCAGCUGCUGCCUUCCAAGCCACCCAGUCACAUCCUGGACAGCCCCAGAACUCUGCUCCCUGAUCUGCCUCAGGUUUUUACUCCCGGCUCCGAUAGAGCCAAAACAGAAAACAUUACCAAUUUUAAAUGUACCCUGUACUCCUCCUUAUCCCCCUCCUCUCAGGUGCAUAUAGUAUCCACAGAGAAAUCCUCACCAGUGUUCCUGCUUCAUAAGUUGUGCCAGAUGCAUGGAGUUGGGAACCCACAAUUUGAACUCCACUGUGAGUACGUGGGGCCUGGUGGAUUUCUGUACUUUAACUAUAAGGUGCAUGUGCCUGGGGUGACCAUGCCUUUCAGUGGUGAGGUCAGAGUCCUACCAGCACUCAGUGUUAAAGUCACAAUAGAAGAAGCUUGUGAUGGUGUGGCCAAGAAGGUCCUCCAGACCUUCAACAAGCUCUAG